AAAGAAGGGGGGGGGAUCAAUCAGCCAGGGGUGGGGGGAAGGGGCGCGAGCUCCUUUCUAAGGCUAGGGGAGACCAGGGGGGCCAGUAGGUUAGUAGGUGACCAGCCCCCUCCCAUCAUCCCCCCCCCACCUCCAGCGAGGAGUUGCUCGGUGCAUUUCUCUCUUCCCCACCCGGCGGCUUUGCCCCCUCCCGCUUCGAGAUGCCCAAUUUCUCCGGGAACUGGAAGAUGAAGCACUCGGAGAACUUCGAGGAGCUGCUGAAAGCUUUGGGCGUCAACGUGAUGCUGAGGAAGAUCGCGGUGGCCGCGGCUUCCAAGCCGGCCGUGGAGAUCAAGCAAGAUGGCGAGACCUUCUAUAUCAAGACCUCCACCACGGUGCGCACCACCGAGAUCAACUUCAAGAUCGGGGAAGAGUUCGAGGAGCAGACCGUGGACGGGCGCCCCUGCAAGAGCCUGGCCAAAUGGGAAAGUGAGAACAAAAUGGUCUGCGAACAAAGGUUGCUGAAGGGGGAAGGGCCCAAGACCGGCUGGUCCCGGGAAAUGACCAACGAUGGAGAACUCAUUCUGACCAUGACAGCCGACGACGUGGUCUGCACGCGGAUCUACGUCAGGGAGUGAUACGCCCCGCUGGGCAGCGGAGGGCACUCCUGGCACCGCCCCCUUCCCGCUUGCCAAUUGCAGCCUCUCCGCCGACCUUCAGUAACCACUCCGCCGGACUCCAGAGUAUCCCGUUUACAUGAUGCAGGCCAGCGGCACCGCUCCACUUCAUAUUCCACUAUCAGCCGGUCUCCUCCCCUCUCCGCCCGCUCCUCCCACAGCCUCUCUUUGCCCAUGCAGCCCACAGAGCAAUGUGAACUCCUCCCAGCCCCUCGUCCAAGUGGGUGACACAGAGGGUCACCAUGUAUCCACCCACACCUCGGCUAGAGGUGACGCUAACGAAGCUGUCACUCCCAGCCACAGGGGGGUUGCCUGAUUUGCGCCAGGAUGGGGAAGGGGCCUUUUCUCAGCCAGUUCACGGUGGGCCCUGGAGAAUGCUCACCUUGGAGAUGACCCUGAGCCAAAGCCCGCUUUCCAUCAGCUUCGGUGGGCUUUGGAUCAGGCCCAUGUCCUGAGCAAACCUGGCUGUGCCUUGAAGUCGCGGGAAUCGGGAUGUGAAUUAGCAGCCCAGGACUUAAUGGGCUGAGGGUUCUGCUUGGCCACUUCCGGCCGAUUUUUGUGCCCCUGGAGUAUGAGCCGGGUUAAGACAAUGAGGGCCACUCCGCACUGAUUUAGCCACCAGCUGCCGAAAUGCUUGGCAGUUCUGAGACACAUCUGCAUUUCCAGGUGCUGUAUCCCCAAGGCCUGAUUCUGGGUUAUUCCAUUCCUGCACGUGGAGCCAGGAUGUGGGGGAAUGGGUUAAGGUGGCUUUGCCCUCCGCGUAUUCUGGUGCUGUACCCAGCCCACAGUGUAAGUUAGAGCAGCCUCAGGGCUGCUCUUCAUUGUCCUCUGCCCCCAUGGCCUCCCGAAUGUAGGGAGUACCUGUAGUGCACUGCACGCUGGCAACGCCCCCAAUUUCCUCUUUUCUGGGAGCAGGGCUGGUGGAGAGCCCUUACCCCAGCUCCACACCGGCUAGGGAGGCCCACUGACAGUUGUACUGGUUUAACUAGAGGCGUGAAUUUAAACCCAUUAGUGCAUGCUUUUAAACCGGAAUAAGAGCAUCCACACGCAGGGAUUAAAGUGCCCUGGUUAAAGUGAACUGGUUUUAAAACCGAUUUCAGUUCAACUGGUGCAACUUUCCCGCGUAGACAAGAUCUUCGUUCCCGUGGGACAAACAGCUUAGCAGCAGUGCACUGAGGAGAUCAGAUUCCCUUCUAGAGUGGGGCUGAAGCUACUUAUGAGGCAGAACCCAAAGGCACCUGGGUUGUUCUUGAACUGUGGGCAAAUGGAGCACUGAUUCUCAUCCCCACCCCUUUAUUUGCCCUCUCUCUGGAUGGAAUUUACCCCUGUGCGCAAAGCCUAUGUGUAACCACCCUGAUGCCGCACAAUGCUUUGUCCUCCCGUAAUAGGAAAAGCCCACCCCAAAGGCUCAGGUAUCCCAGUCCUGGGUUCAGUUCCCACACGUGACCAAUUUAGGGUGAUCAAUACCAGGAGUUGCAUGGGAUGGGGUUUUUUUUUUCCAUGUGAAAAACAUCAACAAACACAACAUUUCAGGUUUUCAUUAAAAAAAAUAAUCAUUUUUUCAAUAAAACCUCAAAUGUUUGAACAAUUUUUUUUCACCAACAUUUCCAUUGCGUUGAAAAGCCCUUACCCACGGCGGAUGGGGAAUGGCCCGAUGGGCACAUUUCAGGGAUCUCUUGUGGUUUAUAUGCAUCACCAAAACACCAUUCAAAACGGAGCGUCAGGGAGUGAAUUGGUGCAUUGCCUUUGAGCCGGCCUUGUCUUCAGAGGUACAUUACACCGGGGGGCAGUGAUUUUAGCUUGGCCUCUGCUUUGGGCACAAGAAGGGUUGGGUUUUUUUUUUUUUGGUUGUGGUCAAGAAAUGGCCUUUUUUCAUGGGCAAUUUGAGUGAAAAAUCGUUCAUUUAAAUUCCCCCCCCCCCGUGUUACAGUGGAAUCCCUAACUGAUGAACUAAUUUGAGACAGAGGAGUCCAUAACAUUGAAAAGUUCAUAAAAUCGAGCCUCUCCAAAUGACAGUACUGUAUGUACAACGUGUAAAUUACAGGAUGGUGCAAUGCCCCAGGAGCUUAAGGAGGCCUGAAAAAAGUGUAUGUGGGCCGGGGGGGGUCUAUCACAACCUGAGAGCAGCAGCUUUGGUAAGACAGUGCUUAAAGUGCACUCCUUCCGUGACCCAGCUCCAUUACAAAAAGAUUUUGGGCCGGGUUUACGCCCCCUGGCGACCCCCUCCGCUUCAAGCGCCGCCGUUGCUUUCUUCUUGUCCUGCAGACCAACUGCAAAGUGAUUCCCGGUGCAUUGAAGGUAUCGGAAUGGGAAGGGACUUGUUCUUCAUUGACUUGGUUCAUAUAACUGGUCCCUUGGAGGGCUGGGCUUCGUAAAGUCAACAUUAUGCCACCUUGCAUGUGACUUACUGCAUAGGCUUGCGCACAGGGGUAAUUCACCCCCCCUCCUAGACACCUUCCCCCUCCCCCAUCGCAUCCCUCUGGACAACAAGAGUUUCAAGGUGAAAAGUGGGAAGUGCUUUUUAAAAAAAACAAACAACCUGGCAUUUUUAUUUUAUACAGAAUAUUUUUUCAUAUUCCCGUAGGAAGAAGCUGUAACCUAGUUGAGCUGCAUUCCUCUUCCCGUGUAGGGCCCUGUGCUUUCUCUCUCCUCUCUCAGUAGUUGCAACUUUUUCUGAGUAUUUAUUUGUUAAUAUUUUAUUAAAAAGGAAACCGUGAACAAGCCCGUCUCCUGCGGGUCUGCGCAGCAUUGGAGCUUGCCUGGAACACAAUGUCCUUCCGACCCAACUCUCUCUAAUAAACGGUUGAUGAACGUA